AAAAGUGCUCGGUCAAUGCAGUUGCAAUGGAUUCUCUAACGGCAGUGAUCGCUCUAGUGCUACUGGUGACUCUUCCAAAACAUGGACUGGGUCAGCUUCCCAGGAAUCACUGUCCGCGGUAUUUCCAGUACCAAGGCUAUAAUGGACAAUAUAUUGGCCUAGUUAAUGUUGCUUUUAAUCCGCAAUAUAACAACCACACGCUUUUUCUAGAGUUUUCUCAGCCCGGUUAUCAUGAGUUUGACUAUGUAGGAAAUCUGGGAACAUUGGAUAGUGACAACACAAUUCAGGAAAACCUCAGCAGGGGCGAGUCAAUACAAUAUCGCGUGGAUUUUCCAAUCCCCACUGUACCGCCCAAGAUCACCCUUAUUCAGGUGGUCGACGACAGGCCACUUUGCAGAGAUCAACAAUAUUCCCCUCCGAGUACUGCCAUUACCCUACAGCACACACUUACCAGAUCUGUGGUUCGUUUUACAGGGCCGGUCGUACCACCUCAGCAGGCGCGAAACCCGUCAUGGGCAAAUCCCAAUUCGAUUGCCUCGGGUCCCGUUUCUUUGCCAGCGGCACAAUUUUCCACCUCCGAGGCAUUCGAGAGUGUUUCAAGAAGCAAGUCAAGAACAUCAUCGAGCUUUGGUACGUCUUGGGCACCGGUAUCAUCUUCAAGCAACAGAUCCUUUGAAUUGGAAAGCAAUGGAAAUACUAUUUUGCUACCAGCAAUUGUCAAGACAAGCACUAACUCGGGUUUUGCUACAAGUUGGCAACCAGUCUCAUCUUUAAAAAAUAGUGGUGAAGCUUCAGAGGGCCAAAUAUUACGAGGGGAAACUCCUUCGAGAGGAAGUCCCAAUUCAAGUCCAACGGAAACGAUUUCUGCGAUAACAUCAUCUGGUUCAUCAAGCGAAACGAUUCCUUGCGGACGAGAGCGCACUUCCGCUACUACUCCCCUGAUCUUCCAGGGGCAAUCCUUAGAACGGGGGCAGCUCCCCUGGCUGGUCGGCAUUUUUGAGAGGCGGGAGAGGAACGGACCUAGCUUCUUCUGCGGCGGAACUCUAAUCUCUACCUCCACAGUUCUCACGGCGGCUCACUGUUUCCGGUUUCCUGGAAGAGACCUGCCCGCCAGCCGUACGGCCAUUUCCCUAGGUCGCAAUAGUCUGGAUAUCCUUUCGCCUGGCGAGUUCCGAGGCGUUUCCCAACUACUUAUCCACGAAAAUUAUCGAUUCGAACGAAUGACAGAGGCAGAUUUGGCACUUCUUCGAAUGGAUCAGCCUGUGCGGUUCACUGACUUUAUAGUGCCCAUCUGUUUGUGGGACACCAGUCAACGACUUGUUCUGCCCCAGGGAUACCGGACAUAUGUGGCCGGCUGGGGACCCGACGAAGCUGGCACCGGUAACUCGGACGUAUCAAAAGUCACCGACCUUAACAUCGUGUCAGAAUCCAACUGCACCCUCCAAUUGCCCCAAGUCCUGGUUCAGCCGAGCAGCAUUUGUGCCAAGAAAGUGGGGGCCGGUCCGUGUUCCAGCGAUGGGGGCGGACCGUUAAUGUUGCGCGAGGGGAAUGUCUGGGUACUGCGGGGCGUCGUCUCCGGGGGCAGGAUUAACGUCAAGGAGCGGACCUGUGAUCUGACAAAGCCGUCCGUCUUCACCGAUGUGGCCAAACACAUUGACUGGGUGCGCCGAAAUAUUUGGAAUUGAUGAUCCUAUACUUGUUAUUGAAAUGAAAAAUAAAAAAUUACCCCACUUGCAUAAAAGGAUUCUUGAAAAAUAUAAAUGUAUGUAUGUAUCCGUAGCAAUGCAGUCUACUCAUUGAAAGUUCCGAGUUGUGGAAUCUGGACUGUCUACUACGUUACGGGUAAUUCUAGCUGAUAUCAUUAAUCAAUGCAAAAAUUAAUAAAAAAAAUCAUCAAACUCGAA